UUGUUCUAAUCACAGCAUUUUAAAAUGGCCGACGUCAGCGAUCAAGAAUGGAAUGAUUUCAAGACCAAAUUCAAUAAAACCUAUGCCACCGAGGCCGAGGAGAAAUUGCGUCGUGAAAUCUUUGGCAAAACGAAAAAUCGCGUCGAAGAACACAAUAAGAAAUUUGAAAAUGGUGAAGUUUCCUAUUCGAUGGGCAUUAAUCAUUUGGCCGAUGCCACCGAAGAGGAGAUGUCAUUGCGUUGCGGCAAACGUGUGGCACCAACAGCUGUAUAA